AUGUUCAACUAUUUUUUAAAAGGUUUUAACAAUUGCAAAAACAAAGUUGAUGUUGACCAUUUAAGUAAACAAUUUUUAAAACACAUUUAUAAUUUUAAUGCAUACGAAAUAUCAUUAUGUUUGAAUAAAUUUUCUAAAAUAAAUUAUCAUGAAAAAGAUUUUUGGAUAAAAGUCUGUAGAUUAAUCACAUCAAAUGAUGCGAAUGUUUUGAGACGCUUUGGAGUUUUAGGGGAUAGACAGUUGGCAAAAAAUGAUGAAAAAAAUGACGAAAAAAAUGACGAAAAAAAUGAUGAAAAAAAUGACGAAAAAAAUGACGAAAAAAAUGAUGAAAAAAAUGAUGAAAAAAAUGACGAAAAAAAUGAUGAAAAAAAUUUCCUGGCCUUUUUUAAUUUAGAAGAACUAUGUUUACUAGUAAAUGCAAUAACAAAAGUUAACAUAAAAAAUGAAACAAUAUUAAAAUUAGCUUCAAAUAAAAUUAUAAAUGAAAUAAAUAUCAAUAAACAUACUAUAAAUGUGUUGAAAUAUAUUUCUGAAUUUAGUAAUAAUAAUACUAGUGUAAUAAAUAAAAAUAUUUUAUAUGAAAAAAUUAGAAAUAUUUCAGAAAACUACAAUGAAAUAAAUCAAAAUUUAACAGAGAAAGAUAUAAGUACACUUAUCCAAUUUAUAUUAGAACAAAAAAAUGGAAAAAAAAAUAAUGUUAAUAAUAAAUUGAAUAUGCCAAAUAAUAUAUACAAUGAAUUUAAAAAUGAAGAAAAUAAUAUAUUACAUAAAUUAGAAACAAAACUAAUUGGUAGCUUGCGUAAAGUUAACUACAUUAGUGAACAGAGUAUUGCUUUAAUUUUAAAUGCAUGUAGUAAAGGUUAUGAAAAAAAUAAAAAAUUAUUAGAAAUUCUUAAAAUAAUAAUAAUAAUGAAAAUAAAAAAUGAAAAUAACAAAUGUUCAGAUAUAUUUAUAAGUAGCAUUACACAUUCAUAUGCAUCAUUUUAUUAUAGAGACAAGAUAUUAUUUAAUUUAAUUUCAGAAUAUACAUGUAAAAAUAUAAAUAGUAUAAAUAUAAAAUCGCUAAUUAUUAUUUUAAACAGUUUUAUUAAUAUUCAUAUUAUAAAUUUAAAAUUGUUUAAUACGAGUCUAAACAAGAUAUGUGAUAAAAAAAUUAUCCAAACGCUUUCUAAUCAAUGUAUAUCAAACUUAGUUACAAUAUUAACAAAAUCGUAUAAUUAUUUAGAUCGUGAAAAAGUGGAUUAUAUUUUUAAAAGUAUCAUAAAAAGAAUCAAACAGGAAUAUAUAAAAUAUUUAGAAAUGAAGAAAAAAAAAAAAAAAAAUAUAUCUAAUUUCACUAAAAAUUAUCAUGAAGUAAUGGAAAAUUUAUUUAUUUUAUCAUUUUUAACUAAGCAUUUGACAAACAUAUUAAACAAUCUUAGUAAGUUAAACUAUGCUGAUAAUAAUGUUUUUGAAAUAUUUACAUAUUUAAUUUUAAAAAAUAAAAAUGAUAUAAAUAAACUCGAUUUUAUGAAUAUUGCAAGUGCAUAUUCUAGACAUGGAUAUAUAAAUAAAGAAAUAUAUGAUAUUGUAAAAAAAUAUUCAAAAAAAUAUAUUAUUUGUUCUGAUUUAAAAUAUGUAGAAUUUAUUAAUAUGUUUACAAGCAUUGCUAACUUUUAUUUGCUUGAAAAAAAUAACAUUAUCAACUUUAAAAUAUCAAAAAAUGAAACAACUAAUAACCAAAUAAUUGAUCAUAAAAAAAACGAACAUUUGAAAAAUGAAUUUAAAGAUAUUCUAAAUAUAAUAAUAAAUAUACUUAAAUCGAAAAAUAUUUCAAAAAUUGAAAUGAAACAUUUUAAUGAAAAUGAUAUAUCUCAAAAGGGCGAAAAGACAAGAACAAAUUUUCAAGAAUAUGAUAAAAAAUAUAAAUCAUAUAAUUAUAAUAAUUCCAUUAUUAAAGAUAAAAAUAUUAUUGAAAAUUUAAGCAUAAAUCAUUUAUGUAGUAUUUUAUCAACAUUAAGUAAGUUAAACAUCCAUGACGAUAUUAUUUAUAAACGUAUUUUAAAUAAUUUAAAAAAAAAAAUAUUUAAAAUAAAUUCGAAGUGUUUAUCUAUAUAUUUAUUAUAUAUAAGCAAAUUUAAUAUAAUUUUAGACCAUUACAUAAGAUCAGUCUUAUCAAAUUGUUUUAUAAUUACAAAAGAUUCUAUGAUUUCUAAAAAAAAAAAUGAAUUAAAUUCUACUGUAUUAUUUGAAAAUAAUAAAAAUUAUAUUUUAAAUAAAAUGCAAAAGUUAUAUUUGCAGCUAAAGACAAAUGAUUUGGUAAAUAGUGUAUACAUUAUUAGAUGUAUAAUAAAGAAUGAUUGGGAAUAUAAAAACAAUAUAUUUAUAAUUUAUAGAUAUUUAAAUAAUAUUUAUAAAAUAAUUUCAGAAGAAAGUUAUAAAAUUUGUAAUAAUAAAAAUAAAGAGAAUUUAACAGAUUUUCCUAAUAUUAUAAAAAUAGACGAUAAUGAUAUAGAUGAAAAACAAAAUAUGAAAAAUAGAAAAAUGAAUAUACAUUGUUCAUCUAUUUUAAUAAAUACACUAAUUAUUUUAAAUACACAUAUAUAUAAUAAUUAUUAUUAUUCAAAACUUAUUAUAUAUUUAUUAUUUUAUACAUUUAAUCAUAUUUUUGAAAUGUUGAAUCUUGAUAUUUCAGUUAAAAAAGCAAUACAUAUAAAAUCAGAUAAACAAAUAAAUCACAUCAAAAAUGUAAUAAAAAAUAAAAUCGAUGGCGCUAGUAUUCGACAAUUAAAUAUGACUGCUUUAAUAUUAUGUCAUUUUAUCCCUUUAAAUACAAAUAUUUAUAUGAAAAAACAGAUAAAUCAUAAUGAAAAUAUGCCAAAUUUUAUUUCUCCCUUAAAUUCCAACUUAUAUAAAUAUCCAACUAUAAUAUUAUCCUUUUUAUGGUUUUUUGUAAAAUAUACACCAUUCGCCCAUUUUGAAAAAUAUAACUCUAUAUAUAACUAUACUACAAGCAAUAAAAUUUUAGUUAAUUAUAAUUAUGAUAAUAAUGAUUUAUAUUUUAAUUUCAAUGAAGAAAAAAAAAAAAAAAAUAUUGACAAUAACCCCUCUCUUAUUCCCCAUGUUUCCCAUAACGAAAUAAGCAUUUACUCGAAUAUUUUGAACAUUUUAAAAAAAAAAAAUAAUAAAGAAUAUAAAGUUUUUUCAUCAUUUCCGAUUUAUCUGUACUAUGUUGACAUAUUGAUAAUACCGCGCGCUUUCGCAAAAUUUUAA